AAUGGAAGGCGAAUGUAUAUGGGCACAGGUCGCGAAAAAAAACAUUAGGAACAUGUUCGCAGUUUCCUUGUGAGGUAAAUUUCUUGUGAAACGAAAUAGCAAACCCACAUUAGACAUAGAGAAACCCCACGUGCAGCGCGUGACUCGUUAAAUACUGAUCGUUUCUAGUGCGUGAUAAAAUUGCAAAUCAAGUCCCGGAAGAUGAAUGCUAGACAUUGUAUAAAAGUUAAAUAAAACAAUGGCAUACUCUGAUCAGAAUCAUGAGAUACCUAAAGGUACCAGAGCAAGACAGAAUGGACAAUAUGAGAUUCCAGGAGAAAAGACUGCAGCCAAGACAGGCUUAGAUAUAUUACAUACAUCUCGGAUAGACCGUGAUAUAACUGAAGAUGUGGAAAAAAAGAUAACGUCGCUAAAACAUUUACUGGAAAAAGAUCCAAGAGCUGCUGAUUUAAAAUGGUCCCUUUUUGUGGCAGCAUCCAACACUUACCGUUACGACAGUUGUUUAAAACCGUUUCCGCCUAUGUACAUCAAGAACGAGUGCAAGGAUAUCGAAGCAUUGAGGAGAGCCAUAGAAUCAGUUCCUCCUUUGCCCGUGAUAUGCAAAGAACUUGGUGAGACAGAUGUCUACCAAAAUUACGGCGAAAUAAUAGAGUUAUUGUAUUGGGUACUGCUACGAUUAAGAGAUCCAUACAUCAAAAGUGUGCAGAAAGAAUGCUACAAUUCCAUACUGAGGAAAGUGCCAUUGGAGGUGCCGGUUGCAGCACCAAAUCUUAUAUUUCAAAUAGCAAGUGCGAAACAAUCUACGUCAGAAGAGAAAUGGAAGUCAAGUGCUAAAGGUCAUUCAACAUUUUAUGCGUAUCACGGCAGCCGUUUGGAAAACUUCCAUUCCAUCGUACACUAUGGUUUACAACAAAACAUGUGCAAAAGAUCAGAGUUUGGCAAAGGAAUAUAUUUUUCAAGCGAAUUAGGAGUGAGCUUACCGUACAGUCCGGUGGGUUAUGGUUGGGGAGGUAGUCUUCUUGGAAGCGAGAUAAGCUGUAUAGCUCUCUGUGAGCUUAUUAAUCAUCCUGAUAUAAAGAGAGGAGAUUCAAGAGAUAACGCACAAAAUACAUUGAGUGAUUCAGUUGGUGGAAGAAUACCAGACAAGUAUUUUGUAGUGACAAAUAGCGAUUUAGUAAGGAUACGAUAUUUGCUCGUUUAUACUCAAGAUCUCCAUACAACUAGUACUACUGAUAGUACGGGAUUGCUGGCAUGGUUCAAGCAACACAAAUUACUGACAUUUGUGAACCAUGCAAACCAGGAAAAUAUUAAAAGUAUAAAACCUUCGGUGAUUGGUGUACCAACGAAAGAAAAAAGAGCCGUACUAGGUGAAAUAAGUAACAGAGUUAACACAUUGAGGGGUGUCGAGCCCAUUGAUAGGAUUAGUUUAUUACAAAGGAAGAAAGUACCGGUAUCGAAGCGGCAAGCUAUAAAGCCAAACAUAAAUCUACCUGAGAAGCCACCAGUGCAAAUCGUAAAACCAAUUGUAAAAACAACAUCAUCUUCCAAUGUAAUCAAUGUACCAGCUGCUCUCGUUAGUCCAAAGAGAGAAGAGAGGAAUUCGUUUUCAACGGAUUUAUUAAAAUUUGAAGAUAUUGACGAACAAGACAAGAAUAAUCCUAUUCUAGUUUCUCUCUAUACUAAUGACAUACACGAAUAUUUAAGGACGUUAGAGAAUAAAUUUACUAUUAAAAAGGGAUAUCUAGCGGGCCAGGAAAUUACCCCUAAGAUGAGAUGCGUAUUGGUAGAUUGGUUGGUAGAAGUGCAUCAACAAUUUCGAUUGAUGCAAGAGACAUUGUAUCUCACCAUCGCAAUUAUCGAUCGCUUCUUACAAUUGUUUCGAACUAUAGAUAGAAAGAAAUUACAGCUGGUAGGUGUAACAGCUAUGUUUAUCGCUAGCAAGUAUGAAGAAAUGUAUUCACCAGAUAUAAGUGAUUUUGUAUAUAUCACGGACAAAGCAUAUUCAAAGGUAGAUAUAUUGAAUAUGGAAAUGCUUAUUGUGAGAACUUUGGACUAUUCGUUCGGGCGACCAUUACCACUGCAUUUUCUUCGAAGAUAUAGCAAAGCUGGAAAGGCGCUUCCUGUACAUCACACGAUGGCUAAAUAUUUUCUCGAGGAAAGCUUGGUUUAUUAUGAAAUGUGUCAUUAUCCACCUAGUCUCAUCGCUGCAGCAGCGAUAUAUCUAGCAUUUUUAAUUAUCGGUAAUGAUGAAGAAGACGAAGGCAAGGUUAUCUGGACAGAUAUUCUCGUAUACUAUAGUACUUACUCCAAGGAUGAUGUGUUACCUGCAGUACAUGAUAUAGCUGCCAUAAUAACUAAUGCAGAAAACAGUAAAUAUCAAGCUGUGAGGAAGAAGUAUGUCCAUGUGAAACACAUGAAAAUUAGUAUUCGACCAGAACUUAAGUCACCAAUUAUGCUUUCCAUUGCAGCAAAACGCAAUAAGUCAUAA